AUGCCUUAUACAAGAGUGGAUGAAUUCCCUGCCGAUAAUGGUUCAAUGUCAUUUUGGGAUUGGAAUUCAGGACAUAAGUUUCAAUCAUUGGAAACAACCGUUCAACCUGGUUCUUUAGAAUCCGAAGCUGGAAUAUUUGCUUCUGCUUUUGAUCGAACGGGAUUAAGGUUGAUUACUUGUGAAGCAGAUAAAACCAUUAAAAUCUGGAAAGAGGAUCCAGAGGCUGUACAAAAUUCUGAUGACAUUUAA